ACCGCUAACCUGUCACUUCCCGUCGAAGGAAACCCUUCUCGGAAUCAAUGGCCGAUUCUAGGGUUUUCUCCGACUCCGUUCGCAGUUCUCAACGCUCCGGUGCGGGUACCAUUAAGAGGAUCCGACUGGAGAACUUCAUGUGCCACAGUCUUCUCCAGAUUGACCUGUGCGAGUGGGUCAAUUUCAUCACGGGACAAAACGGAAGUGGGAAAAGUGCGAUUUUGACUGCUUUAUGUGUUGUUUUUGGGUGCCGCGCCAAGGACACUCAGAGGGCGUCUAAGUUGAAGGAUUUUAUUAAAACUGGUUCCAGCUAUGCUCUUGUUCACGUGGAAAUCAAAAAUCAAGGAGAGGAUGCUUUUAAGCCUGAAACUUAUGGUGAUGCCAUAAUCUUAGAACGCAGGAUUUCUGAGACUACCAGUUUCACCAUUCUAAAGGAUCAUCAAGGGAAAAAGGUUGCAAGUCGCAAAGAGGAUCUUCGUGAGCUAGUGGAACAUUUCAAUAUUGAUGUUGAGAAUCCCUGUGUCAUUAUGAGUCAAGACAAAAGCAGAGAGUUCUUACAUUCUGGAAAUGACAAAGAUAAAUUCAAAUUUUUUUUUAAAGCUACACUUCUUCAGCAAGUUAAUGAUCUUCUAGUAAGUAUUCAUGAAGAACUGGACUCUGCAAGUGCAAUUGUUGAUGAAUUGGAGAAUUCAAUAAGACCUGUAGAGAAAAAACUCAUUGAACUGCAAGAAAAGAUCAGAAACAUGGAGCAAGUAGAAGAGAUGUCCCUGGAGGUGCAGCAGUUAAGGAAGAAGCUUGCAUGGUCAUGGGUUUAUGAUGUGGACAAGCAAAUGCAGGGGCAAAGUAUGACCAUUGAAAAGCUUAAAGAUCGAAUACCUGCUUGCCAAGCUAAAAUUGAUUCCAUAAUGAAUGAGAUUGAAAAGCUGAAAGAUCGCUUUUCAGAGAAGAAAGCUCAAGUUGCAUGCUUGCUGGAGAGAACUUCGGAAGUGAGGAGGAGAAAGGAUGAGUUAUUGCAAUAUUCUUCCAUGGCCAAAAAGCAGAAGUUUGAACUAAAAGAGGAGCAUAAGCGUUUAUUGAAAUAUAUCCAAAAAUUGGAAGAUCGUAAGAGGAUGCGUGAACAAGAAGUCCAUGAUAUUGAAGAGCAACAUGUUAGAAGUACACAGGCUGAAGAAUCUAAAAUAGAGGAAAAGCUUAAGGACCUUGGUCAUGCAAUUGAUGCUGCUGAGUUAACACUUUCAAGAUUGAUGGAAGAAGAAGCUACUUUGUCAGAAUAUGUGUCCGUGGGAAGCAGUGAAUUAGAAGCAAUUAAUCAUGAGAUUAAUGAUCGUGAAAAAAAGUUUAAUGAGAUUGUUAGUCAAAUUCGUGAGCUUCAGGGGAGUCAAAUAAACAGGGUUACAGCUUUUGGAGGAGAAAGGGUGCGCUCUCUUUUACAAGUAGUUGAGAACCGUCAGCGAAGUUUCACAAGGCCGCCAAUUGGUCCUAUUGGCGCUCAUGUAACACUUGUCAAUGGUGAUACAUGGGCUCCUGCUGUUGAACAAGCACUUGGAAAUUUGCUUAAUGCUUUUGUAGUUACAAAUCAUAAAGAUGUACUUACUCUAAGAAAAUGUGCCAAGGACAUAAGUUAUCAUAACCUUCAGAUUGUCAUAUAUGACUUUUCAAAACCGAGGUUGCAUCUUCCACAUCACAUGCUUCCCCAGACCCAGCACCCAACAACUUUUAAAGUUUUACAUUCUGAUAAUCCCACCGUUCUAAAUGUUCUGGUGGAUGUGGGUCAAGCUGAGCGGCAGGUGCUUGUUAAAGAUUAUGAUACUGGAAAGGCAGUUGCUUUUGAGCAACGAAUCCCUAAUCUAAAGGAGGUGUACACUUUGGAUGGGUAUAAAAUGUUUCGCCGUGGUUCAGUCCAGACAAUUCUUCCCCCAAAUAAGAAGUCAAGAAUUGGCCGCCUUUCUGGUUCUUUUGAUCAUCAUAUUCAGGAUCUUGAAAAAGAUGCAUCAAUUAUGAAGGAAGAAACUCAACUCCGCAGAAAGAGGAAGAAGGAAAUAGAGGAAAAGCUUAAGGAUUUUCAAAGUAAUAUACACAUUGUAAAGAGAAGGCGUGCUGCUGCAGAUAGGGAUUUAAUGGGUAAGAAAGAUGAACGACAGGAAGUAAUGAAUUCACGAGAUGCUGAAGCAAAUCUAUCGUCUGCAGCAACUGUUGAUGAGCUUGUGGAAGAAAUUUCAAAAGAUGAAGAGGAGAUCCAGCAAAACAAAUUCUCACUUGAAAAGCUUGAAGUCAGAAUGGAUGAAGCUGAAGCUAAGGCGAAGGAACUUCAGAUAUCAUUUGAGACUUUAUGCGAGUCAGCAAAAGAAGAUAUUGCUGCCUUUCAGAAUGCAGAGAAGGAGCUAACAGAUAUUGAAGAAGACCUAAAAUCCAUGGAGAUGAAGAAGGACCACUAUGAAGAUGUAAUGCAGAAUAAGGUCCUUCAUGAUAUUAAAGAAGCAGAGUUGCGGUAUCAGGAGCUUCAAAAUAACCAUAAGGAGAGUUGCCGAAAGGCAUCUAUUAUCUGUCCUGAGAGUGAAAUUGAAGCUUUGGGUGGUAGGGAUGGGAGUAAUCCUGAGCAACUCAGUGCCCGAUUAAACAGACUGAAUCAGAGGCUUCAGCGUGAGAGCCAACAAUAUUCUGAAUCUAUUGAUGACCUCAGGAUGUUGUAUGAGGAAAAAGAGCAUAAGAUUUUGAGAAAACAGCAAACUUACAAGGCUUUUCGAGAAAAGUUAAACGCUUGCCAAAAGGCACUUGAGUUGCGUUGGAACAAGUUCAAAAGGAAUGAAACUCUUCUGAGGCGGCAAUUGACUUGGCAAUUUAAUAGCCACUUGGGAAAGAAAGGGAUCAGUGGACACAUUAAAAUUAGUUACGAGGAAAAGACACUUUCAGUAGAGGUAAAGAUGCCCCAAGAUGCAUCAAGCAGCACUGUUCGUGAUACCAGAGGGCUUUCGGGUGGAGAGCGUUCCUUCUCAACAUUAUGCUUUGCACUAGCACUUCAUGAAAUGACAGAAGCUCCAUUUCGAGCAAUGGAUGAGUUUGAUGUGUUUAUGGAUGCGGUUAGCCGGAAAAUCAGCUUGGAAACUUUAAUAGAUUUUGCACUUGCACAAGGCUCACAGUGGAUAUUUAUUACACCUCAUGAUAUCAGUAUGGUGAAGCAAGGGGAGAGAGUGAAGAAACAGCAGAUGGCAGCUCCUCGUUCUUGAUUGCUUCUUUUAACUUUAUUUAAACCCUGUGUAUAAACUAAAAUGUUAUGCUCUGGCCAACUUGCACACAUGGUUUGGUAUGGUGUUUCAAGUCAUAGAUGCAAGUUGGAAUCCUAACUUACGAAUUCUAAUCUCUUUGGGGUGGGUUAGUGGGACGUUCGGCCACUCAAGGUCGGUCCAACCGCUGUACCAUCUGAUCAUAACUGAUAAAGCUCUAAUGUUUUGAUAGAAUUUUAUUUGAUCAGCAGCUUAUAUUUGGCUGACAAUUGACUAAAAUUAUAAAAAAAAA